AUGGAUCUUAAAUCCUGCAUACCAACAAAGCUUCCAUUUCAUCAUAAAAUGCUUGAACCAUCAGAUUAUGAAAUGCUUAUUAAAGAGUCUAAGGAUGUAGAGCAAGAUUGUUUAGCACCAAGCACAAGAAAGACAUAUGCCAGAAUGAUAUUCAGAUAUGCAAACAUACUUAGGACAAUAGAUGGAACACCAAACCCUUUCCCAAUCACAGAAGAUAAUGCUCGUGCCUUCAUUGAGUAUUACAGACUCACACAUGAGACAACAAUCAAAUAUAUCAAACUUUUUAUUGCAUCUUUUGUGUUUUGGUGCAAUGAAAAAGAAACAUAUAACUUUACAAAGUCCCAAUCAUUCAAAAAAUACAAAAAAAGGAGUAAUUAA